GGCAAAGCAACAAUUGAGGGUGCACUCGAUGCACUCAAUCAUAAUCAGUGGCUGCAUCUCGCCUGUCAUGGAACGCCGAACCGGACACAACCGUUCGAAUCUUCCUUCGCCAUGCGCGACGGGCCAUUGAUGAUCAAGGACAUCAUCCGGUCCAACUGGCAGAACCCGCAGUUUUCAUUCUUAUCGGCCUGUCACACUACCGUGGGCGACGAGGAGAGUCCCGAUGAGUCUAUCCAUCUUGCUGCGGCCAUGCAAUUCUGCGGAUUUCGCAGUGUGAUUGGUUCUAUGUGGUCUGUUGAGGAUGAGGUUGCGUGCCAGGUCGUGUCUACUUUUUACCGCAACCUCGUUGAUGAUUCAGGGAGAUUGGACUGCACACGCGUUGCGGUAGCGCUGCGCAAGGCCGUGAAAUCUUUGCGCAAGAAGAUUCCAUUAGAACAGCAGAUUGUAUUUGUUCACAUAGGUAUCUAG